AUGCAUUUGACGAAGGAUAGGGCUUGUUACGAGAUAUACGAGUUUGUUGAGGCACACAACCAUGCGUUGUUCAAUAUCAACGAUCGUCGUUUCUCUAGGAAGAAUAUACAGAUGAAGUAUACAGAUUUCAAAAAUGUACUAAAUAGCUCAAGUUACAAAGUCGGUGCAAGAAGGGCUCACCGUAUUCAAACGACAUUAAACGGGGGAUUUGAGCAUACUCGAAUUUGUGAAAUUGACUUCAAGAAUUUCAAGAGGGAUGUUGUUGCUUGUGUUGGGAAUAAGAACGAGUUGAGCGCAAUUUUCUGGGCAAAUGAAGUUGCUAGAAUUAACUACAAAGAAUUCGGUGGUGUCAUAUCGUUCGACGGGACGUUUCGCACGAACAAGCAUGCCAUGAUUUUCGUUCCUUUCUUGGCUGUUGACAAUCACAAGGCUUCCGUUGUUGUCGGAUCCGCUCUAAUAAGUGGCGAGAUAAUUGAGAACUUUACAUGGGUUCUAAAGGCUUUCCUAAAAUGUCAUGAGAAACAACCAGUUUUCGUUAUUACAGACCAAUGUUUGGCAAUGAAACAAGCUAUUCCGAUGGUGUUAACGGAAGCUAAGCACAGACUCUGUGUGUGGCACAUUAUGAAGAAGGUUAGUGUCGCACUAAAUCAAGAUCUAUGUUUAAUAAAGUUAUCAACAAGCUCGUAUGGAACAUACAUAUUGGCCCAGCGGAAUUCGAGUCGUUGGUAUGAGAUGAUCGAUCAAUACAAUCUAGGUGGUGAUCCUUGGUUCACAGAAAUGUAUGACAUUCGACACUCAUGGAUUCCUGCCUUUUAUAAGGACACGUCGAUGUCUGGACUAAUGAAAACAACCUCAAGAUCUGAGAGUUCGAAUUCGUAUAUUAAUAUAUACGAAUCAUUAUGGUUUGAUUUGGUUCAAUUCCUUAAUAAUUACGACGUAGUUAUAGAGAAACAAAGAUACAGACAAUCUGUUCACGAAACAGAAAUAAAGAAGGCUGUAUGGUUCUGUGCUAUAGAGACCGUCGAAUGUCGGGAUGAUUUCAAGUCAUUCGUGAUAAGCCACAAGACCAAUAAAUCAUCUGACAACAUCACGUAUCUGGUGUGCCGUAAUUACUCAGAGUGCAACCUAUUUACGCGUAACGGAUAUCUUUGUUGUCACACAUUCAAGGUACUGAUAAACGAUGAAGUUGAAUGCAUUCCGGAUAAGUAUGUUUUACGUCGAUGGAAACGACAAUUAGUUCCAGUAAAAUUACAAUUCGCAAGAGUUCAUUUUGGCGAGGUUGAUGCCGAGAAAGAUAAGUGUAUAAUUGAUGUCUAUUCCAAGGUCGACGACAUAAUAAGCAUCGCCCGCAAUGAUUAA